AUGCAACAAAACGCACCUCACACCCCCUCCCCGGGGUCCCUCAUCCGCGAGUCCGGGUCCAUAACCCGCGCCGCCCCCUACGACACCCGCCCGCCCUCCCCUCCCACAGUCGACAUCCCCGCCACGCGCGCCAUGGGCCGCACCUCGGUGGUGAUCACCCCUUCGCCGCGCAACCUCGACCCUGCCCUGUUCAAUCUCGACUCGGAUUAUAGUCAGAUAAUCACCCACGGCCUGCGCCCGCAAGAAGCGCUCGACCAGGCUUCCAUCUGGGAGUACUCGGCCCGCCGGUCGGCGCAGAAGGUUAUUGACCCUUCGCUUUACCUGGGUCCGCUUAGUGUGGUGCGGGAUAGGGAGUUUAUGAUGAAAGAAAAGGUGACGAUGGUGGUGAAGAAGGACGGGCAAGGGGGGGUUCCGCCUACCGUUCCGACGCUGGGACCGGCAGCCAAAAAAGUCACCGAGGAGCUUGGGAUCCAAGUGGAGGCGGUGGGGGUUAGUGGGUUGCAAGAGCUGAUCAGGGAGUUUCCGAAGCUGAACGAGAAGAUUGUUCGGCACCUGGUCCAAGUACACAGGCGGAGUUCUGGCUCCCAGACGGGCAAAGUGCUGGUGUGUUGCGAGACGGGGAAUGAUCGGUCGGCAGCGGUGGUGGUGGCUUACUUGAUUGAGGUCUGGGGAGCGGGACUGAUCGAGGCGCUUAGGUUUGUGCUGUACAGACGGUUCUGUGUGGCGUGGGAUGAUGAUACGAGGCGGUAUCUCAAGAACUAUGAGGACAUUUUGAUGGCGAAGAGGACGGGUUGGCAGGAUCAGGAGGCCAAUGAUAGGGACGCUGCUGCUGCUGCGGAUGAGAGGAGGAUGAACAAGUUGAAGAGGCAGUUGGCGGCUGUGGGUUUUUAUUCUGAUGAUGACGAUGAUGAUGAUGAGAUGUGGGACAGAUACAAGAACUCCAGCAGCUCGUCCGAAGAGGCAUCUCAUCAAGCGCGAGGGAGAAACUUUGCGCCCUUUGUGGAGCGGCCGCCCCGUGUGGAGGGACGCAGAAACAACUGA